GACUAGCCAAUCAGGAGGAAGCGGGUAACGGUCGGGAUUUGAAUUGUCGUUGGAAAACAGCGGCAGAUGACAGCAGGUUGUUACGCUCGUAACUAACGCAAGCCAGUUUAUUCACUCGGGAACAGGAUUAUAACUGAGAUAAGAUGUCCAAGAAACAAAUUUUCUAUUCUGACAAGUACAACGAUGAGGAGUUCGAGUACAGACAUGUUGUGCUUCCGAAGCAGCUGUCUAAACUGGUCCCCUCCUCCCAUCUGAUGACAGAAGAAGAGUGGAGAGGACUGGGGGUGCAGCAGAGCCAGGGCUGGAUCCACUACAUGAUUCACAAACCAGAACCACACAUACUCCUUUUCAGAAGGCCUCUUCCCAAGGACUGAAUGGGAAGAAUCUUCAAGCUGUAAAGCUCCUUUGCAUCAUUGAGCUGCACUUCUCUUCUACUUAUAUAUCUCUAAAAAUGUUCUAAUGAUUUUUGUAGAAAACUUUCCAUUUUCCUUUCAGAAUCCCUAUUUUUCUUUUUUCUUUUUUUUGCUUGUAUUGAGAGGCAAGCUGCUUGUGUUCACUGUGAAUAAAAACCUUGUAUAUGCUACUAUAUGAAGGGGAAUGUUUACUUGUCCGUUGUACACUUUAAACAAAUUUUUAAUGUCUUUCCUUGUUCUUCAAGAUGCAUUUAUGUACUGAGUGACUAUAGGGUUUUUUUUCUGUUAAACUUUUGUUUGCGUUAUGUAAAUUCAAUGUUAUUAAAUGUUCGAAAUGUUGCAAACAAGUACCUUGUUACUUAAAGAACAAAAUAAAAUGUUAACUGCAAUA